AUGGAACACCUUACACUCUUUGGCUGGGAAGUCCUGGAUGUUGCUGCAGUCCCUCAGGUUAUUGCGGUUCUAACGGCUGUUGUGGCAGCGGCUAUGGCAUGGGUGGGUGUGGUUGCGGUUAUGGUCAGUUCGGUGGUUGCGGAUGCGGUUCCCAUGGCGGAGGGUGUGUUUGUAGCCCCUGCUGUGCAUCCUGCUGCUGCUGUCGUCCAAGCUGUGGGUGCGGUUGUGGCAUCCAAGUUGGCUGCGGUCCCCGUCUCUACAACUGUGGACGAAGUGGGUGUUGCGGCUGCACCAUUUAAGCACUGA